AUUUCUGUUGUUCGAUAAAGCCUUGGUGAAGUGUAGUCAACUAAUUACCCUAGCCUGCAGUCCUCGUUCAUCUCUCAGGCACUGAUAUCCUUGAGCUGUCCAUGAUCAGCCUGAGCGACGCAACUGACAUUUAUACUGUUUUCCAAGUUUUAGGCGGUCCAGCAGAUCCUAGACGAUGAAUCCGUCGUCAACGACGUUUGGAGUGUAUCUCGCAACCGAAAGAUGUUCCAAGUGGAAUUUUCUGUAAUGGGCGAGGAUAGGUUGGAACGGUUUUUGGACAAGCUGGCGUUUCACAACGUGGGCAAGACAACAGAGUCAUCAAUUAUGGUGAUUGAACCUACGGCCUUCAUCUGCAAAAGGGAACGAGCCCCGAAGACCGGCUCGAUCCCGCAGUGGGCCUUUCAAGACUUUCUCCGCUCUCUGAAGUCUCGGCUUUGUGUAGCGCAGGUAUACCACGAGAUCCAGCAGCGCGGCACUUUUGACAUGAACUACUUGUGCUUCCUGCUCUGUGCUGCUCUUGUUGCAGACAUGGCGCUGGUCACCAACUCUUCCGGAGUGGUGUUCGCCAGCAUGCUUUUAUCACCGCUUAUGGAUCCGAUUUUAUGCAUUCUAUUCGGGUUGACCUUACGUGAGAAACACAUGCUGAUGACAGGCGUCCGCAACACCGGCAUCUCGCUGUUACUGUGCAUUUGUCUAGGUCUGUCUUUUGGUUACGUUGCUCACAUGGUCAGCUGUUUCGAAGGAAUAACCCCAUACCCUACAUCAGAAAUGAAGCUCAGAGGGCAAGCAAAGUCAUUUGUCGCCUCUGUGAUGGUGUCUAGCUUCUCUGGAAUCAGUGUGGCAUUUGCCACAUUGAGUAGACGUUUGACCGCGCUCAUUGGCAACGCAAUCUCUCUGUCGCUUCUGCCACCUGCAGUCAAUAGCGGACAGUUAUUGCUGUUGGCUGUUCUCGCAUUUAUGCAGAAGACGGUCAUUUUGCAUCCCAUGGGACAGAACGACACUCUUUCGAGGGACAGUUGGCCUCCUCAUCCGAGGUGUGUUUAUCCCUGGGUACGGAAUUACGAAUUUAUCUAUAUGGACAAUGAGUGUGAUGCGGCGCAGGAAUUCGCGGCAUUGAGCGCUUUCAGCUUCUUACUGGUCACAAUGAACAUAUUAGUCAUACUGGUGACCGGGUACACGGUGAACAAGCUGAAGGACAUGGCGCCCCGGGCAUUCACAAACGAAACAGUCCGCCGCUUUUAUCAGAAAGAUUUACCGGAGUUCCGAAAAACAUAUCAUUGUUUACACAAGUUAGAUGCUGCUGAGUUGGCUACGUGUGCUUAUAAAGAGUACCUACGGCUGAAUCGAGUUAAUCCGGAAUCCGACGGUGAACUGGACCCAGAGGAGUCCGAAAGGAUCGCCUCAGAGUUUCGUGCCGUGCUUCAGGGCGUAGGUAAAAACCACCACGUGCAAACUGUCUCAGCCAAAGCAGAUUUCGGCGGUCAGUUCCUGAAAUCCUUCCUCUCCCAUUCCGAGCUAUUGGCCGGUCAACGAAGACACCCAUCGCGAGCAAACACAACAUAUCAUGCAUCUUGGUUGGAGAACGGCAAAAUAAUAUCGAUGGCAAAAAUGUAUCACACGACGCACGACAAGCCGGUACAAUUUGGCGGUGACUUCGAAGAAGCGCUACAGCGAAGGCGGCUAACUGAGACUUGGAUGGACAGAGCGACUACGAUGAGCACUCGUCUUCGUCAGCUGGAACUGUUGGGUGAAGUGGACAGUGAAUCCGAAUCGCAUGAACGAACAUCAAGACGCUCAUCGAAGCACUUUAUCACACCAAAGGAUCAAAAUCAGUGUCAAAACGUGGGUAAAUUUCACGUGGUGCCUACGCAACUCUCCAUGAGCCGAAUGGGCUCGGCGAAUGACAAAGCUAUUCUGGAAGAAAGAGUUUAA